UGCACAGAUAGAGAGUCAACGAUCGCUAUAAAAACUUUAUUGUGUGAUUUGCUUUUUUACUAAACCGAAUCCCUUUACUCUUUAUGGUGAUGUUAACAAAGUGCGCGAUGCUAAUUCUAUGGAUUUUCUCGGCCUUUGUUGCUGUCGCGCUUGCUCAAGAGCCACACAAUGAUCAACUACCACCGCUUUCCACUGAUUUUACUUGCUCAGGCCGACCAAUAGGAUUAUACGCUGAUUUGGCUACGAACUGUCGUGCCUAUCAUACUUGCGACGAGCACGGAAAUCAUUUCGCCCACUACUGCCCGGAGGCCACAUCUUUCCGACAAGAUGCCAAGGUUUGCGACCACGCUUACCUCGUUGAUUGCAAGGCAACCUUUGACGCGGCCCUUCUGAAAUCUUCCGAGCAGCUGGACAACAGAUUCGAUGCGACCUCGUCGCACUUCGAAAAACCUGGUAGCAAGAGUGUUAAUAAUGUUCGACAGUACGACACAAAUCCAUUUCUGCCUCCGAAUUCUGCCGAACGUUUGAAUAAUAGAUUUCGAAAUGAUGCAUUUGCUGGAUCUUCAGAUCGCUCUGGACAACUUAACGAUGAUUCACAAAGAAGUUAUGCAGCUGAAAAACAUUCCCAUUUUCCGACAACGAGAACUGAUCAAUUUUCUGCUCAAAAUAAGCCACAGCAAAAUUCGAUCUUUUCAACGAAUUCUUCUUUUACAUCUGGACCAGUGUCGAAUAAUCAGCGGGACGAAGAAAUAUUAAAUGAAGAAGACUCGUAUCUCAUCCCACCACCAAUACCUAAUAAUUCUAAUAACUUUCAAAACAAUUUUAAUUUGAAAUCAAGUUCAAACUUCAAUAACGUUGAUUUUCAACCAACUCAUACAGUGCAUCAGUUUGAAAAAUCAAAUGAAGCAAACUUGGUCUCUAAUGAUAGUGAAAACAACCAUUUUACGUUCCAAACGAGUGAAACUAAUCAUGCACAUUUUCAAGCUAAUAGAAAUUAUCAAAAUUAUAACAAUUUCGGGUCAGAUAUCAAAAGAACUUUUGAGAUGUCUAAAGAUCAUCGUUCAAACGACAAAUUUUUCGAUUCCUCUUUAGAAUCAAACGAAAGUAUAAAAAAACCAUCCAAUCUUCUUGAACCACCAGCAUACAACCCUAACGAUUUGCAACGUGGUAGAAAUAAUGUGAAUUUUCGCUCUAACAUUAAUCCAUAUUUAGAAACCUUGAAAUCUAUUCAAAAAAAUGAGUUAACGACUAUCCGUGCCACGGAAAAACCAAUAAGAACUACCACACAGGAAGUCAAAAUAUUCCCAGCGGCGCAUCAACCAUUGCUAUCAAGCGAUCCAGAAAAUGAUCCUUACUAUCCAAGGCCGAUUACAACCACUGAGGCAUAUUACACACCAAAAUACGAGGCCACCGGCAAGAUCGUUUUUACGACUACAAGAAAACCCCAAGAAAUGAAAAUUAAAUUCGAUGUACCUGCUGCUCUCCCCGAUGAAAGCAGUCUUAGUGAUUUAUUAGAUAGAAGAAAGUAUUUUUUCAUACCCCAGUUGAAAUCGACAUGAUUUUUUCAAAUUUAAUAAGUUAUCAUCCACAAGAUUUGUCACUAUCGUAUUUAAAAGACAAUCCAAACAAGUUAACACUUUGAAUUUCAAUACAACAAUUAAUAAUUAAUUAUAAUUAUAGUUAUUAUGUAAUCUUAUGUUAUCGAAAUAUGUAAGAAGUUUAUUAUAUGUAAGAUUAAUAGGUAUUCUUAUGCAUUUAAAAGUGACAUACAUCUUUAUCUAUUCACAGGUACUGUCACAAUUUCAUA